UUCAAUCUAUCCUGAACCGAUUCGGGUGGGAUCUCUUGUUGCGUGACAGCUCUUCAAGUACUGUCAAUUUUUGUGUUUAUCUGCGACCUGGAGUGAAAAAAGCCGCCAAAAUAACUUCCGAAGGUGAUAUGACCCCCAAACUGAAAUUCGCUGAAGGCGAAAAAGUGCUUUGCUUCCAUGGACCGCUCAUUUACGAGGCGAAAGCCCUCCGGAGUAUGGUGACGAAAGAUAAACAAGUCAAGUAUUUCAUACACUACGCCGGCUGGAAUAAAAAUUGGGACGAAUGGGUGCCGGAAAAUCGAGUGCUCAAAUACAACGAGGCAAACGUCCAACGACAAAAGGAGGUGUCGAAGCAACAUGCGUCGCAGGCUGCUAGGAACAAAAAAUCAACGCCGAAAAACAAGAAGACUGACGGCAGCGGGGCAAGCGUGAAGGACGGGGACUCGCGGGCAUCUACACCUUCGAAAGAGGUUGCGAAAGAGGUCAGCACCCCUGUGGGGCCGUCUACCUCGAGUAGGGGCCGUGUAGCGAAACCAGGAACGCCAGGUCUGCAGCAAGAGCCAAAAGACGAAGGACCCAAGAAAAAAAGAGGUCGCACCGAGACUCCUUCAGUUGAAACUGAGGAGCAGUUUCUCUCCAAAGUGGAAAUCAAGAUCAAAAUCCCCGACGAGCUAAAACCCUGUUUGGUGGAUGACUGGGACGCCGUUACGCGCCAACACAAACUCAUCGAAUUGCCUUCAAAAACCACAGUCCAAGAUAUCAUAGAUAGUUAUAUUGCCUUCAAGAAGUCCUCCAAAACCUCAAACCCCACGAAAGAGGUGGCUAUCAACGACGUCGCAAACGGCCUCGUCGAAUACUUCAAUGUGAUGCUGGGGUCGCAGUUGCUGUACAAAUUCGAACGGCCGCAGUACGCGGAGAUUUUGCAGCAGUUCCCCGACACGCCGAUGUCAAAGGUCUACGGAGCCUUCCACCUGCUUCGUUUGUUCGUGAAACUCGGUUCUAUGCUCGCCUUCACGGCACUGGACGAGAAGUCGGUGCAGACUCUUUUGCUCCACUUGAACGACUUCCUCAAGUAUCUGGUGAAGAACAGCACGACUUAUUUCAGUAUGCAGAACUUCAUUAAUGCGAGUCCGGAGUACCACAGGAAAGCUCAGUAGGUGAGACAGGUGCAGCGGAGCUGGACGUCGGCUGCAUUCAGGUCGUUAUCAUGCUACGAUUCCAAUGGAAGUAAAAACAAGAAAUCAUGUAAAAGUUUUUAUUGACGUUUUGUUUCAUUUUCAUUGGCUUUUAAUUUUUUAUUUAACCUUUCUAUUUUAGUAAGUUGUAGGCUAAGGUUUAUAAAUAUAUAAACAAUGAAUGAUUGUGAAUAAAGUAUUUGCAAAAUUCA